AUGGCCAUCCUCAAGCCCACCCUGCUCGCUGCAUUGGCAUCAAUGGCUGCGACCACGCAGGCCCAGUCCACCAACCCAAGCGUGGGCAGCAACUCCAAAGCCCAAGGUGCAACCGACGACGUGACCCCCAGCACCGGGCCAAACGGAUCCGAGGACUGGCUAAACACCGGCAUCACGGGAGACGGCUGGACACCCCCCUUCCUCGCCCUCUCCGACGUCCUCCACAUAACCCUCGACCAAUUCUACAGCGGCAUAGGCUCCCCCUGCGCCCAAUACGAUACAUACUUCCAAAACGCAUCCACCAAAUACACCAUCGACCCCGUCAUCCUCGCCGUCAUCGCCAUGCAAGAAUCAUCCUGCAACGCCAACGCCGGUGGGCCCACCCCCGGCCUGAUGCAAGUAUCCUGCGACAACUAUCCCAACGGCCAAUGCACGGAUUCCAUCCAGGACAACGUCGAUGCUGGGACGAACUAUUUCAAGUCCCAGCUUGACGCCGCUGGGGGUAAUGCGAUCCAGGCGUUUGGCGCGUAUAAUGGGUGGUUUACGGCGGGGAGCGGGUUGAAUGGGGGCAAGGGGUUGACGGAGGGGUCUCCUUGUUCGGCAGAGGGGAGGGCAAAUGGGGUUCCGCAGAAUUUGGAUUAUCUGCAUCAGGUUUUGAAUGGGUGGUUGAUGGGGUUGGAUGUUUAUGGGGGUGAUAAUUGGAUUGGGACUUAUAAGUGUGAUCAGAGUUGUGCGGAUGGUAGUAAGUGUUAG